CCUGAAGUCUUGUCUAUCACUGCGGCACAAUCAAAGGACAUGCUGCCUUUGAUCCAAGUCAAAGUCUGAGGUUCAUCAUGACAGAAUCAAUUACUGACAUUAAUAGCUACAAUGCUUUCGUUCCAGAACUCUUGACUGGUCGCUUCCGUGCCCGAAAGUUGGCAUCACAGUUCAAUGCACCGAUCUCAGAUGAAGCGACAGAAGAAGAAUUGAUGACACACCGCGGCGAACUUCUCAAGAAGUUCUUUGGUUCUCUCGGCAAAAACAGCUUUAUUGAACCACCGCUGAAUGUGGACUAUGGCUGCAACAUCCUGAUUGGUGAUGACUUCUACUCGAAUUUUGGGUAAGCAUACACACUCCGAUCACUGCUGUACGGCUUGUUGAUAGAUUCUCAGUCUUACUAUCCUCGAUUG